AUGGCAGCACAAGCAAUGCCCUCAGACGACCAAGUCCAGACGAGAAUGGAAAAGGAAGCGAGGACGUUGCGUGCGGGUGCUAUCAUUGAAUACUAUGAUCCCAUUGGUGUUUGUGGUGACAGCCAAUGGUUCCGACGUUCUGUGAUUAUUGGUGUAGAGCAAGAGCAUAGGACUUGCAUCAUCCUCAACAGUGGACCUGCAUUGGGGGGAUUCGAUCGCGUCAAACGGAUUGGAAGUAUCAUGCCGGAUGGUCAGGUCAUUGCCUCCGAGGGCGGUGUUUACAUGGAUGUGAAAGAUUAUCACCUUGUGGAAAGUCAUUUUGAAGGAACGGGAAAACAAGGCAGGAACUUUCUAGCAGAAGUCAAAGCUGAGGUAGACUGCUUUUGGAAUAACAACAACGAGUAA